AUGACUCGCGACCCUGACGCUCCUGCGACGAAAGUGCGGCAGAUCUCGCUGCCUCUGAGCUCUGCCGCAGGCCGCCUCGUCAAUCGCACCAGACCGGGCCCAGAGGCACAGGACGACAUCGAGGUAAUGCGCAAUGCGUUGGAGGGCGGCCUGAGCUCGCUCCCUGUCGAUGUCGGAAACACGAGCCCAUACCCGCUCUACAUUCCCAGAUCUAAAAACGGUGAGCUCUACAAGGUGCAGCAGGCUGUUCACAAAGCCGUCGUCGAUAUCGUAGCGCGAUGGUGGGACGAGGGAGAAGACUUUCCCAAAAGGAUGCCCUUGGCGUCGGACGAGGAGGAUGUACUUCGAUGGCUUCAUCCGAAGAGGGCCUAUGAGCCAGGCUGCUAUAGACCUGACAUCUUGCUCGAGGAAGGAACCGAAACGUGGAAGGUGUGCGAGAUCAAUGCGCGCUUCCCAUACAACGGCUUCCUCGGUCCUUUGAAGAUGCUGCAAGGGUCCAUCAAUACGUGCCCUGAGGCUUUGGACCAGCUCGGGCUCAAAGCAACCAACGAAGCCGAUCAGAUUCGCGAACCGGUCGCCUCGCUCUUUGACCCGAGCAAGCCCCUCCAUAUCCUCUAUGAGAAAGAAGCGUGGGUCGGCUUUGACAUCCACAUUGUUGCCGAGCUCUUUGCCGAGAAAAGUGGCCAGAAGCCCCACUUCGUAAAACCGUCGUCGAUGCGUCUGAGCGAUCGGGGCAAGCUCUACUCGACUGAAACGGGCGAGGAUGUUGAAGUGGAGCAAGUCGCGCUCGAAGCGCCUCAAGCGUUGCUCAAGGCAAUGGGAGAGGAUGUCCUGAAGCAAGUGGCCUUGCGCUGUCGAAAUGAUCUCCGUACAGUCCUGCUGGUGCACGACAAGCGUUUCCUAGCGAUCCUCCGUCAAGAAGCGCCCCGCCUCCUCGAGCGAGGCGUCCUGCACCAGGCAGAGUACAGCGCAAUCAUGGACAACAUUAUUGAUUCACGCCUGCCUCGGUCAAAGGGAUUUUUGGAGGUGCUCGAGGAGUGCAAGCGCAAUGAGAAGGCAAAGGACGGCUAUGUGCUCAAGGCGACUCGCACCGGAUGGGGCAAAGGCCACAUCUUUGGCUAUGAGUUGGAUCAGGAGGCGUGGAUGGCCGAGCUCGAGAAGCUAGCAAGGCCUCUCGCAGAUGACCAGGUCGACGAGUAUGUGCUACAACGAUACGUGCGGCAGCAACAGUAUCCCAUUUGGCGUCACAUGGAGCAGAGGCAGCAGGAGUACUAUCUCGUUGUCAGUAUCCUCUCCUUGCAGGGCAAGUACGUAGGCGUGGGACCAACGAGGAUUGGAGAACGCACGCAUGUGAAGCUCGGACCGGGUCAACCGGGCAUCGCUUUGAGCACCCUCACGGAUGUGUGA